AUGAAUGAUGACAUUUUGGGUAAGGCAAGAACACUGGACCUAUAUCUCGCUAAGAAGGGCGACGCGUGGUUGACUGAAAAUGAAGUUGAAGAUGUGAGCGAAAUAGGAGGUUUAAGGAUAGGAAGUUUCAAGUUUCUGGAUGAUCCGAAAGCAAAAUUUCAGCACGUUGGACUGUCUAAUGAGCAAGUAGUGGGAGAAGGUUUUGAAACGGAGAUUGCAGAAGAAAAUGGUCCUGUGAAUGUGUUGGUGUCGGACCGUUGUGCUCGGCCAAGGAAGAGAGUGAAAGUAUUGCCAGUCGUUCUGAGAUUCCCAAGUUGGUUCUCCAAACGCCAUGUCUGGUCGUCGUUUUUGGCGAAGGAAACGGCGAAUGAUAGUCGCAUCAUUUGCGAUCGAUUUGCUCGCCAUGACAAUAUCAAGCCCUUGACUUUAGUCAAUCCAAUCUUUAACGACUUCGUGGGUGGAUGUCAAGGAAAGAUUGAAACAACUGCUCAAGACGUGAUGUUUGCUGAAAAUGUUGCAAAGGCAAUGCAACAACAUUAUUCAGUUACAGCAGAUCGAGCGAUGAAAUUGCGUGAACUCUUGCAGUCGUACCUUGGCAUCGCUAUCCGUUGUAAAGAAUCUCAAGAUGGCGGUUCAAUAUACUCCACAAAGAGAGGAUUGCUGUGCAUGCAAUUGCAAGUCAAGGUGGAACGAGAAAAUGGCGACACCGCGAUCCAAAACAUUGGUAACUACAUUUACCAACAGGAGUUCAAACGAUACUCGGAAGAAUAUGAAAUUCCAGCAUUUUUGGUGGAAUUGGAAGGCCCGUGGUUGGGAGUAUCGGCCAUGCUGAACGUCAAUGGAUCGAUUGUUCAUGAGCAUUUGUCACCUCAACUUCCAUUGUCUGCACCGAAUCAUUUCCGACAAACAGUGUUACUGUGUCUGGCAUCGUUAAAACGUGCUGUCCUCGCCUUGGUUGAUUUCUAUGAGCAAGAUAAACUUAGCAAGAUUCCUUAUUUUUGUCUUCCAUUUGGUUGCGCGCCCCGUUCUGUGCAGAUCUCGAGAAAAACGUAUAGGGAUUGCCGUGGCAAUGUCAUUAAAUUUGUGGAAGGACGCUAUGGUGAAAACGUGCACCGCUUCUGCGCAGCAAGAGGAAAUGCGCCACCCUUGUUGAGCUGUGAGCCUGUGAGUCCUAAUGGUAUUUGGUGGCGUAUUGUAAUUGAAGAAUGGGCACUGAGCGAAAUUGAUAGCGCAAUCGAUAUUGACGAUGCCCGAAGCCAACUGAAGUCGCUGCUUGAUGAGAUGCGUGCAAACAAUUUUGUCCAUGGCAAUUUACGUCCAGAGAAUGUGUAUCUCUAUGGCUCGCGACAGAAAAUCACUUUAGUUGAUUUUGAUUGGGCGGGUGUUGCAGGUGUUGAUGUUUAUCCUUAUGAAAUGAAUCCGAGAACCAUUUGGCGUGUUAGUACAACCGAUUGGCCUGUUGGUGCACGGGGAGGAGCCAAGUUAAAUCCCGAUCAUGAUUUGGAAUGGUUUAAUCGAAUGUUUUAA